CAACUAAGAGAAUGAUUUAAUUUUGUUAAAACCAAUAAAUGCCAUAUCAGAGUCAAAUAAGGUUCUCAGAGUCAAACACUUUCCAAGUGAAAUAAAACUCCACUUUUCUUCCAACUCACCAUCAUCAUCAUCAUCGUUGUUUUCGUCAUCUUCCACCUUCUGCUUUUUUUCCGUUUCAGUUAGCCGGAGACAUGGGGAACUGCAACGCGUGCGUGAGAGAUGACGUGGCAGAGUCGAACCGCGUGAGGAAGAAGAAAACGAAGCCCAACCCUUACGCGGAGGAGGCGCUCCGUUCGGGGGUUCCGAUCCGCGUGCUGAAGGACGUGACGUCACGGAGCCUCAUCGGGGACAAGUACGUGAUAGGUCGGGAGCUAGGUCGGGGGGAGUUCGGGAUAACGUAUCUGUGCACGGACCGGGAGACGAAGCAGGAGCUGGCCUGCAAGUCCAUCUCCAAGCGCAAGCUCAGGACCGCCGUCGACGUGGAGGACGUGCGGCGCGAGGUCGCCAUCAUGUCCACGCUGCCGGACCACGCCAACGUCGUCAAGCUCAAAGCCAGUUACGAGGACCAGGAGAACGUUCACCUCGUCAUGGAGCUCUGUGCCGGUGGCGAACUCUUUGACCGGAUCGUCGCACGUGGCCACUACAGCGAGCGUGCGGCCGCGCACGUGGCCAGAACCAUUGCCGAGGUCGUCAGAAUGUGUCACGCCAAUGGCGUCAUGCAUCGAGACCUUAAGCCCGAGAAUUUCCUCUUUGCGAAUAAGAAGGAGAAUUCUGUACUCAAAGCUAUUGAUUUCGGUCUCUCCGUGUUUUUCAAACCUGGGGAGAGAUUUUCUGAGAUUGUGGGGAGUCCUUACUACAUGGCACCAGAGGUAUUGAAGAGGAAUUAUGGGCCAGAAGUGGAUGUGUGGAGUGCUGGGGUUAUUCUUUAUAUUUUGUUGUGUGGGGUUCCUCCGUUUUGGGCAGAGGACGAACGAGGGGUGGCUCUGGCGAUUUUGAGGGGAGUGAUUGACUUCAAGAGAGAACCGUGGCCUCAGAUUUCGGACAGUGCUAAGAGCCUUGUGCGCCAAAUGUUGGAGCCUGACCCCAAGAAGCGCUUGACGGCUGAACAGGUGCUUGAACAUCCCUGGUUGCAAAAUGCAAAGAAAGCUUCAAAUGUUCCGUUAGGAGACAUUGUGAGGACGAGGCUUAAGCAGUUCUCUGUCAUGAAUAGAUUCAAAAAGAGAGCACUUCGGGUAAUUGCAGAGCACUUAUCUGUUGAAGAGGUAGAAAUCAUCAAAGACAUGUUUACAUUGAUGGAUACCGACAAAGAUGGGAAAGUAACAUACGAGGAACUGAAGGCUGGGUUGCGGAAGGUUGGUUCACAAUUGGCUGAACCUGAGAUUAAGAUGCUGAUGGAUGUGGCCGAUGUUGAUGGGAAUGGAGUACUUGACUACGGAGAGUUUGUAGCCGUGACAAUUCACUUGCAAAGAAUGGAGAAUGAUGAGCAUUUUCGAAAAGCAUUCAUGUUUUUUGACAAAGACGGGAGUGGCUAUAUUGAGUUUGGGGAGCUUGAGACAGCAUUGGUGGAUGAGUCAGGAGAAAACGACACUGCUGUAUUGAAUGACAUUAUGCGUGAAGUUGACACUGACAAGGAUGGUCGCAUCAGUUACGAAGAGUUUGUAGCGAUGAUGAAAACUGGGACCGAUUGGAGAAAAGCAUCGAGACAGUAUUCAAGGGAGAGAUUCAAGAGCUUGAGCAUAAAUUUGAUGAAGGAUGGGUCACUUCAGCUUCAUGACGGUAUUAGUGGUCAAGCUGUGGUGGUUUGAGCGAGCAAUUAUUUCAUUCUCCUUGAAAGCAAGAGAGUUUUGAAGUAUAGAGAUUUGGGUUGUUUGGAUUUUUGAGUUGGAUAGGGUGUUAGAUGGAUGAAGCUUGAAGCAUAGUUAAGUUGUUUGAUAGAUUGUUUGCACAAGUUGCAGGAGCACGUGUUGGUUGUUGUCCUAAACAUGUCACAUCACAUGUUCUUUGUAUAUCUUUGUCCCCCUGUUCGUGUUCCAUAAUUUCAUUGGUAAAUGUUAUUUAUCUAACUUAUUUUGUGU